AUGGUAGACCAACAAACUGCCCCCCAAAGCAAAAACGCCUACGUAACCCUCCUCACCCGCCCCAGCUACCUAGCCGGCGCAAUCCUCCUCGCCUACACCCUGCACAAACACUCCCCCUCCACCCCGCUCAUAAUAACCUACACACCGGAGACCUUGCCAGAAACCUGCAUCAACGCCUUCAAAGCCGAAGCCGCUUACUCAAACAUAAUCCUGCACCCCGUGGAACACCUCCGCCUGCCAGAAGAUGGAACCGAACACGGCAUGGUCGCCGAGCGCUUCAUCGAUACAUGGACGAAGCUGCGUGUUUUUGAUUUGUGGGAUAUGCCCGAAGGGCAGAAGUUUGAGAGGAUUUGUUGGUUGGAUGCUGAUAUGAUGAUCUUCUCCAACCCUUCGCCCUUGAUCUUCAAUGAGGAGAAUGAUGCGUAUCUUAAGGGCGGUGAUGGCAUGCGUACAAUGGCCGUACACACCUGCGUCUGCAACCUCGACCACGAUUCCUGGGCCCCCGCGGAAUGGAACCCGCAGAAUUGCGCGAUUGCCAAACUCACCGCACCGGAUCAGCUAGCAGAGGUUAAGCCGGAACCAUACACGUUGUCGAACUUCAACUCUGGCACUUUUCUCUAUCGGCCUAGCAAGGACCUGUCUUCUUUCGUGCUGGCCAAGUUCGAGGAAUUGGGCAAUGCAAAGUUACGCGCUAUGAAAUUCCCGGAUCAGGAUUUCCUCAACGAAGCCUUCGAUGGGCGCUGGAGCAGUUUGAGCUGGAAAACGAAUGCGCUCAAGACGUGGCGGUACUGGCAUGAGAAUAUUUGGCAAGACGACCAGGUCGCUGUGCUGCACUAUAUUGUGGAUAAGCCGUGGGUGGCACGUCUGGACGAGGAAGGCAAAGCGGGAUACUUGGGUAAAGACGGUGUGACGCACGGGUGGUGGUGGGAUGAGUAUGAUACGUGGAAUAAGGAGAGGGAGGCGCAGGGGGAAAAGCAGUUGUUGGAGAUUGUGGGCAAGUAUGCGGCGAGGGAGGAUGGGGUGGUGGAUGAAGAGAUGAGGGCUGUGGGGGGUGGGGCGCAGGACUUUGCGAAGAAGUGGCCUGCUAAGGAUGGGGAGGGUGCUGGUGGAGAGGAAGCCGGAAAUGGGGCCAAGGCGAACGAACCGCAGUUGUCGGCCGAGGCACAGGAGAAGGCGGAGCAGUUUGGCAAGGUUGAUGCGCCGCAGGGGAAGAUGUUGGGAGAGAGGGGGCAUGGGCGUGUUGUUAGGGGUGGGAGGGGGUUUGGUGGGAGGGGUAGGGGUGAGGGGUGGAGUGUCAUGCAAGAUUGA